UCGACGUUCAAUUCAGUUUUGUGAUUUAUUUCCGUUAGUGGAGAAAAUGAGUGGCGAAGCGCUGUCGCAGAUGCUUAAAAGCCUUCCUUUAGAAGACCAGUUUCAAGCAGAGUAUGUUUGGUUAGACGCUUUUUUUCGUCCUAGAUCAAAGGGAAAGACUUUGAAUCUCAAGGAUUUUCCCUCUGCCCCUCAUUCCUGUCCUCCUUCUUGCUUUCCAGAAUGGAACUACGAUGGCUCAAGUACGGGUCAAGCAGAAGGUCAUUUUUCAGAAAUCAUCAUAAAGCCUUGUGCCGUAUAUCGUGACCCUUUUCGUGGUGGAGAUAAUGUUCUCGUUCUAUGUGACACUUAUUGGCCCGAUGGGACUCCACAUCCCACCAAUACUCGCUAUCAUUGCCAAAAAGUUAUGGAAGCAGCGAAGGAUUUGGAGCCCUGGUUUGGAGUGGAACAGGAAUAUUUCUUGAUGAAAAUAUCCGAUGCAAGACCUUUAGGGUUUCCAGAAGGAGGUUAUCCUGCUCCUCAAGGACCUUAUUACUGCGGAGCUGGAGCAGAGUGUGCCUUUGGGAGAGAAAUUGCUGAAGCACAUUGGAAAGCUUGUCUCUACGCAGGUCUUAAGAUAUCCGGUAUUAACGGUGAGGUUGCCCCAGGUCAGUGGGAGUUCCAAGUAGGUCCCUGUCUGGGAAUCGAGGAAGGUGACUCACUUUGGCUUGCGAGAUAUAUUCUUAUUCGUGUGGCUGAAUCUUUCAAUGUCAUGGUCAAUCUUGAACCAAAGCCUGUUGAAGGUGAUUGGAAUGGCUCUGGUUGUCAUACCAACUUUUCUACAAAGCCUAUGAGAGAAGAUGGUGGUUAUAAGAAACAUAUUUUGCCAGUUAUGGAAAAGUUAAAGGCAAAACAUAAGGAACAUAUUAUUGCCUACGGAAAGGGAAAUGAAAAGAGACUUACAGGAAAACAUGAAACGGCAUCCAUAGAUAGUUUUCUUUAUGGAACAGGUAAUCGUGGUGCUUCCAUUAGAAUUGGCAAUCAGACCGCAAAAGAUGGAAAGGGAUACUUUGAAGAUCGUCGCCCUGCUGCCAACAUGGAUCCUUAUAUUGUUACGAUGCUUCUCGUUUCUACUUGCUGUGAUAUUCCGUAUACUGCCCCAGGAGUUCUUCAAAAUGGUGACAAAUAGUUGAGUUGCCUCAUUAUAAUGUCCUUUCGUGGGUUUUUUCUGUUUGGUUCUUGACUAUUGGCUUUAAAAGAGCGCAUAAGCUUUUGCUGAUGAGUUUGAACACAAUCGAUAUUUAGUAGACUUUUUCUCAUUUGCGAAAAAGCUUAGGCGUUUGAUAAAGCUACCUUGUUGGUUUUAUACAUAUAUAUAUGUAUGUAUCUAUC